CGGCUUCCGUCCAGUGAAGGAGGAGAAUGCGGAAGCUGAUGUGUUCAGGUUUUCUGGGUGUGUCGACGUAAAUAAUAUAACCAAAUGCUUCGAACACAAGUCUUCCUGUCGCGGAAAGACUUCCAAUCGCUCAAGGACCACAAGGAAAUCUCCUGUCAAAACAAUGGCAUCACCAAGCCCCCUAGCUCAGGCCAACACCAAAUUCUCUCUGGCUUUGUUCAAGACCCUCAGCGAUAAUGACAAGACAGCAAAUCUCUUCUACUCCCCCUUCAGCAUCUCUUCUGCCCUGGCUAUGGUGAUGCUGGGGGCGGGGGGCAACACAGAAGCAGAGAUGUCAAAGGUUCUCUGUUUUACCAAGCCAAAGGAACCACAGCAGGCAGAACCGCCAAUGCAGAUGCAAAUGCAGAUGCAGCAGCAGCAGCAUAACCCGUUCACUCUACCACCUGGCCUGCUGAAGAUCAAAGAGUCAACAUGUCUGAAAACCGAUGCUUGUAAGGCUGAAGUCCACUCUGACUUUGGCCAGCUGCUGAGUGAGCUGAACCAAUCAGACGCUCCGUACGCCCUCAGUGUUGCCAACAGACUCUAUGGAGAGCAGUCCUACCAGUUUGUUGAGGAUUUCUUGGGAAAAACCAAGAAGCACUACAACGCUGAGCUGGAGUCUGUGGACUUCAUCACCAGUCAUGAAGCAGCCAGGCUCAACAUCAACAGCUGGGUGGAGGAACGAACACAAGGUAAAAUUAAGGAUGUGCUGGCCCAGGGUGUGGUGGACAGCAUGACCAGGCUGGUGCUGGUCAAUGCCAUCUACUUCAAGGGCAACUGGAACAAGCAGUUUCAGGAGAGCUCCACACGUGACACUCCCUUUAGACUCAACAAGAAUGAAACCAAGUCCGUGAAGAUGAUGCACCAGAAAACUAAGUUUCCUUUGACCUACAUUCCUGAAGCGAACUGCCAGAUCCUAGAGAUGCCCUACAAAGGCAAGGAGCUCAGCAUGCUCAUCUUCCUCCCCAAUGAAAUGGAGGACAGUACAACAGGCCUGGAGAAGCUGGAGAAGGAGCUGACCUAUGAGACAUUUGUGGACUGGACCCGUCCAGACAUGAUGGAUGAAGUUGAGGUCCAGGUGGCCCUGCCUCGAUUCAAGAUGGAGGAGAAGUACGACAUGAAGAACAUCCUGGUCAGCAUGGGCAUGGUGGAUGCCUUUGACAUGGCAAAGAGUGACUUCUCUGGCAUGUCUCCUGCCAAUGACCUGGUGCUGUCUAAAGUCAUCCAUAAGGCUUUCGUGGAGGUCAACGAGGAGGGAACUGAGGCUGCUGCUGCCACCGCUGCCAUCAUGAUGCUGCGCUGCGCCAUGCGUACACCCACCUUCAUCGCAGACCACCCCUUCCUCUUCUUCAUCCGACACAACCCUUCCAUGAGCAUCCUCUUUGCUGGCCGAUACUGCUCCCCUGAGUGAGCGCGUCGUUGUUUAGAGCAGGGUUUCUCAACCGGAGGGAGGUUACAACACAUCUAAUCUGCAAUAGUGUAACGUUUUAUUCUGCAUCACUGGAAGAAUGUUGAGAAAAAUCGCUCUAGAGUUUCUUAUCGCUAAUCACACCCUGAGUUCCCGUCCAAUGUUUCCAACAGCAGGAUUAUGAGUAAAAACGAUGGUGUUGGAUCUUCUAAACCUGAUCCCUCUCACUUGUGUCGCUUCUCACAUAAAUGAUUGUGAAUUUGUCCUGUGCCUUUCUGAACAUUCAGCUCUAACACUGUUUAGGCUAAUCUCAUCCUUUACUUUAUGUCUGCAAUACAUGUAUGGCCCUGUUUGCUGCAGUCUUACACUCUACUCUGGUUCAUCUCAUCCAUAUUGUCUAGUUUAUCUUACACCUUACAUCCUUUUAAUGAAUUUAACUUUAUAUUGUGCCUUUUUCACCCAGCAGCUCAGACAUCAGCUGUACCUUUUGGCUGCAGUAUUCUCUGCACUUUAUCUACAAAACAAGCAAUUUCAUCGUUUUAUAUUUUUGCUUGACCAAAAAAGAAUGAUGCGAUGAAAUCACAAUAACAGUUGCAUAUGUCUUUGGUAGUUACAUAAAGUUCAAUUACAUUUAACUGUACCUUUAUGCAUAUAAUAAAUAUGGAUUACAGAUAACAAGAACUUACAUGAAGGUUUGAACUGGUUUUGAGUCCAGGUCCUUUUGGUGUACCACUAUGUUUUUAAAUAUGGAAUAAAAGUGUGUGGUUUGCAAA